UUCAGCUACUAUAUAUAGAUAGCUAGAGAGAUUUCAGAUUUCCAUUAUUUCGUAGUAAAACACUCAGAAAGUGAAAUAUGGUUCAAUUCCAUAUUGUUCCAAAAGUCUUUCAAUUGCAUAUGCUCUUUGUCUUCCUUGCCCUCCUAUGGGAUCUGGCCUAUGCUGACCCUCCAUAUCCCAAUUGUUCAAACACUGGUAACUAUACAGUUACUAGUUCAUUUCAGAAUAAUCUUAACAAUAUCCUCCAUUCUUUACCCUCGAAUGCUUCCAUUUCCAAAUUCUACAAUACAUCCACUGGCAAUGGCACAGAUAGAGUUUAUGGUCUCUACAUGUGCCUCGACUAUAUUACAAACGAAAGCUGCCACGACUGCAUAACUACGGCUUCACACGAUAUGUUGAAGCUUUGUCCAAGCACAACAGAAGCAGUGGUAUGGGAGGAGUAUUGUCAAUUGCGCUACUCCAACAAAAGUUUCUUUGGCAUAUUAGAUGUCACAGGAAAUAUUCCCUUAGAUAACAAGAAGAAUAAUUCACAACCAGAAGAGUUCAAAUCUAUUGUGAACGUGACAUUGAAUACGCUUGCUUAUCAGGCAGCUUUCAAUCUUUCAGCUAACAUGUAUGCUACUGGAGAAGCAGCCUUUCAAGACAAAACAAUCUAUCCUUUAGUACAGUGCACUAGAGACCUGUCUGCCAAUGACUGUAAUUUAUGCCUUCAGAGUGCUACAGCAGAUAUUUUGAGGGUCUACUAUUACUCCGUUGGUGCAAGACUUCUCAGUCGUAGUUGCUUCUUGAGAUAUGAAUUGUAUUCCUUUUAUGGAGGAACACCUAACUCUCCUGGUUCUUCACAAGUGGGAGGUGGUCAAAUGAAAUUGUGGAUGAUUGUAGUUGUUACUGUUGUAUCAGCAUGCUUGGUGAUAGUCCUUCUGGGUUCCUAUGUUUACUAUCGUAUGACGAAUAAAAAUGACAUCCAUCACCUGCAUUUUCAAGGAAGAUAUGAAUCGAAAUCUCAGGAGUUCCCCUAUUUUAAUUUGGCAUCUUUGCAAGCAGCUACCAACAACUUUGGUGAUUCAAAUAAGCUUGGGCAAGGUGGCUUUGGUCCUGUUUACAAGGGCAUACUAAACGAUGGAAAGGAAGUAGCAAUCAAGAGGCUCUCAUGCUACUCUGAGCAGGGUUCAGAGGAAUUCACAAAUGAAGUUCUACUAAUAAUGAAACUUCAACACAAAAAUCUUGUCAGGCUUCUGGGGUUUUGCAUAGAUGGAGAGGAAAAGCUACUUGUCUAUGAAUUCAUGCCCAACAGUAGCCUAGAUGUCAUUCUCUUUGAUCCAAGGAAUCGUGCAAAACUCAAUUGGAGCAUACGUCUUAAUAUAAUAACUGGAAUUGCACGUGGAAUUCUUUAUCUUCAUGAGGAUUCUCGACCUAGAAUUAUUCAUAGGGACCUAAAAGCUAGCAAUGUGUUGUUGGACUAUGAAAUGAACCCUAAGAUCUCAGACUUUGGAAUGGCAAGGAUCUUUGCAGGAAAUGAAGGCGCAACUAAUACUACUACAAUAGUGGGGACAUAUGGAUACAUGGCUCCAGAAUAUGCUAUGGGAGGAAUAUAUUCUAUUAAGUCUGAUGUGUUUAGUUUUGGAGUACUCUUGCUUGAAAUCAUAUCUGGGAAGGGAAAUGCUGGCUUCCAUCAAUCAAAACGUGCUUCUAGCCUUCUAGCAUAUGCAUGGAAACUAUGGAAUGAAGGAAAGGCAUUGGAGCUAAUGGAUCCUUUAUUGAUUGACUCGUUCAAUAGAGAUGAAUUUCUAAGAUACGUACAAAUUGGACUUUUGUGUGUUCAAGAAGAUGCAUCUGAUAGGCCAACAAUGUCAGGUGUGGUUUUAAUGUUGAAAAGUGAAACUGUGAGUCUUAGCCCACCUGAACCACCUGCCUUUUCGAUGGGUAGAUUCACUGAUAACAACGAAACUGAUCCUGAUUGUCUCUCUGUUUCCGGCUUAUCAAUUUCCAGUAUUAGGCACGGUGAAGGAUCCAUAAAUGGAUUUGAAACUUCAUUAAUGUAUUAUAUGAUUAUAUCAUUCGUGUGUGUUGUACAGAAACAAAUGUCUGUAUUCCCUUGUAAUUUACAAUUGACUUUAUAAUGCAUGUCAUUAUACAUGUAUCCUAUA